CCAACCGUGUUAAAUAAAUGAAUACAGAGUAGGCAAAGUGUUGAUUCCUCACCAUUAGCCCUAUUUCACUCUCUCUCUCUCUUUCUCUGUUAGCGAGCGAUUCUGCUGUCUGGUCGGGCUACUUCAUCGCGCGUCCUGAAGUUUCCACCGUUCAAGAUCUGUCAAGUUCGAGGAUAUACAUAAUUGAAUAGCUCUUGUUAACUAUGGUUGGUACCAUAGGAACUGAAAUGGAGUCAGUGUCGUCCAAUGGAGGAGAACUCAAGGUUUUACUGGAAACCUUCGAUCCGACAAUUGUUACCGAACCGGUGCCUCCUGUAGUGGCCUCGAAUGGCAAGAUCGGCAAUACCAUCUCUAAAACAGGCGCAGAAGAGGAAGAGAGAAUUGAAAAGAGAGAGAUUGUGUUGGGGAAGAAUGUGCAUACUUCGUGUUUCGCUGUCACGGAACCGGAUAUCGACGAUGAGGAUACAGGCGACAGAGAAGCUUACAUGGCCGGUGUCUUGGCUAGGUAUAGGAAGACUCUUGUUGAAAGGACUAAACAUCACUUGGGAUAUCCAUAUAAUCUGGACUUUGAUUAUGGAGCUCUAGCACAGUUGCAGCAUUUCUCCAUAAAUAACUUAGGGGACCCAUUCAUUGAAAGCAACUAUGGAGUUCAUUCACGACAAUUUGAAGUAGGUGUUUUGGAUUGGUUUGCCCGUCUUUGGGAUAUUGAGAAGAGCGAUUAUUGGGGAUACAUCACAAACUGUGGCACAGAAGGAAAUCUUCAUGGUAUUCUAGUUGGGAGAGAAGUUUUUCCAAAUGGAAUACUAUACGCAUCAAGGGAGUCACAUUACUCUGUUUUCAAAGCAGCAAGAAUGUAUAGAAUGGAGUGUUUCAAGGUUGCUACUUUAAUGACCGGUGAGAUUGAUUGUGAAGAUUUCAAAGCCAAGCUUCUUCCAAAUAAAGAAAAGCCAGCCAUUAUUAACGUUAACAUAGGAACAACUGUUAAAGGAGCUGUUGAUGAUCUUGACCUUGUCAUACAGACUUUAGAAGAAUGUGGAUACUCGCAUGAUAGAUUCUAUAUUCACUGCGACGGAGCUUUAUUUGGGCUUAUGAUGCCUUUUGUCAAACGCGCACCCAAAGUUUCAUUCAAGAAACCAAUCGGAAGUGUGAGUGUUUCUGGCCAUAAAUUUGUAGGAUGCCCAAUGCCAUGCGGUGUCCAGAUAACAAGGAUGGAACACAUAAACGCUCUGUCAAGAAACGUAGAGUACCUCGCCUCUCGUGAUGCGACCAUUAUGGGAAGCAGGAACGGACACGCUCCAAUCUUCCUAUGGUACACCUUAAACAGAAAAGGUUAUAAGGGUUUCCAGAAAGAAGUCCAAAAAUGUCUGAGAAAUGCUCACUACUUGAAAGACCGGCUUGUGGAAGCAGGGAUUAGUGCCAUGCUCAAUGAACUGAGCAGCACUGUAGUGUUUGAGCGGCCUCAGGACGAAGACUUUGUCCGUCGUUGGCAACUUGCUUGUGAGAGAAACAUGGCUCAUGUUAUUGUCAUGCCUAAUGUCACUAUCGAGAAGCUCGAUUACUUUUUGAACGAGUUAUUCCAGAAACGGGCAGAAUGGUAUAAAGAGGGAGGUGCUCAACCGCCUUGUCUUGGAACCGACAUUGGGACUGAGAAUUGUCUUUGCCCUCUUCACAAGUAAGUUGCAGAUUCUUUUUUCUUCUUCUUAUUCCCAGAGAGAUGUUGGUUUCGGUUUGUGCUUGUUUUCCUGUUGUGGGUUUGGAAAACUUUCGUUUUAAUCUUAAGUGGUUUUUGUAGUUGAC